CGCCCAGCUACACCAACCAAUUAUAACGGGGAGCCCAUACAGCGACGGUUUAGACGACUUGCUUGGUGCAACCCUUUUGAGCGACAAUUAUUCGUAUAGGUCUUGCAGAAGCUGUGGAAACUAUCCCGCAAGCUUGGCAAAUUACCUGGCCAAGCUUGCAAGAGCUCCUUCUGCUGUCAGGUAGCGUCAAACUGACUGCCGGACUAUAGGCUUGAGGAUAACCGUUGGAUGCGCCAUGGACGCUAUCCUGGACUUCUCCAAGGACCUCGAUGUGGGUCUCCUGGAUCAGGUCGUACAGGCAUUUUACACUGGAUCCGGUGAACAACAACAACAAGCUCAACGUGUCCUCACUCAAUUCCAAGAGAAUCCGGACUCUUGGCAGCGUGUCCCAGCUGUCUUAGAGACCUCCAACAACCUCAACACCAAGUACAUCGCCCUACAGAUUCUAGAAAAGCUCAUCCAGACACGAUGGAAGACCCUUCCCGCAGAGCAACAGAAUGGGAUACGUAAUUUCAUCGUCCAGCUCACCGUGGAUACGUCCUCAGAUGAGCAGAAAAUGAGGCGAGAAAAGGGAUAUCUGAACAAGCUCAACUUGGUACUGGUCCAGAUCCUCAAACAGGCAUGGCCGAAGGAUUGGCCGUCGUUCAUUCCCGAAAUCGUCACUUCCUCCCGUACCAACCUAUCCCUCUGUGAAAACAACAUGAUCAUUCUCAAACUCCUCUCUGAAGAGAUCUUCGACUUCUCAGCCGAACAGAUGACACAGGCCAAGACGAAGGCUCUGAAGCAAAGCAUGUGCAACGAAUUCUCAGACAUCUUUACACUGUGUAAUGAAGUUUUGGAAAAGGCCAACAAGCCGAGUUUGAUCAACGCCACCCUGGAAACGCUAUUGCGGUUCUUGAAUUGGAUUCCACUGGGAUACAUAUUUGAAACUCAAAUCAUCGACUUCCUGGUCUCAAGAUUCCUCGAGGUUCCAGACUAUCGCAAUGUGACACUCAAAUGUCUGUCCGAGAUUGGCGGUCUGAUUGUCGGACCCGAAUUUAAUAGCAAAUUCGUCACCUUGUUCCAGGUCGUCAUGACCAGCGUCAACCGAAUGGUCCCACCAGGCACAGACAUGGCGGCUGCAUACGCUUCAUCUGACGAUGAAGAUCAACAACUCAUAAAAAACCUCGCACUCUUCCUUGCAAACUUCCUUCAUAAUCACCUUCGCCUCAUCGAAACUCCUGAGAACACUGAAUUGCUCAUCAACGCCCACCUGUAUCUUAUCAAAAUCUCCACAGUCGACGACCGUGAAGUCUUCAAAAUCUGUCUCGAGUACUGGGGCAAGCUUGUAUCUGAACUGUAUGAAGAAUUACAAUCACUCCCCUUGAACGACAUUAACCCUCUCAUCAACCUCAAUCUCGGACGCGACAUGAAUGGCUCAGGGCUGGCACUGAACGGUGUGCCGCUGAGAAAGAAUAUUUACGCCGACAUCCUCUCAAAUCUGCGGUUGGUCAUGAUUGAGAAAAUGGUCAAACCAGAAGAGGUCUUGAUUGUCGAGAACGACGAGGGAGAGAUUGUCCGAGAAUUCAUGAAGGAGAGUGAUACGAUUGUCCUGUACAAGAGUAUGAGAGAAGUGCUGGUCUACUUGACACAUUUGGAUGUCUCGGAUACGGAGAUGAUCAUGACCGACAAACUGUCCAAGCAGAUUGACGGCUCCGAGUGGUCAUGGAAUAAUCUGAAUACGCUCUGUUGGGCUAUUGGAUCAAUAUCGGGUGCAAUGAAUGAGGAGACUGAAAAGCGAUUCCUCGUCACUGUCAUCAAGGACCUGCUUGGCCUGACGGAAAUGAAGCGGGGCAAGGACAACAAAGCCGUCUGCGCAUCGGAUAUCAUGUACAUUGUCGGACAGUAUCCACGGUUCCUGAAAGCCCAUUGGAAAUUCCUCAAAACCGUUGUCAAUAAACUGUUCGAGUUCAUGCACGAGACGCAUGAGGGUGUUCAGGACAUGGCUUGCGAUACGUUUAUCAAGAUUGCUCAGAAAUGUCGGCGACAUUUCGUCAUGCAGCAAGCCGGGGAACACGAGCCCUUUAUCGACGAGAUCCUGCGGACAUUACACAGAAUCACGGUGGACCUCGCCCCGCAACAGGUCCACACGUUCUACGAAGCUGUAGGAUACAUGAUCUCGGCGCAACCCAACAAGCCAACUCAAGAGAGGCUAAUCGAGAAGUUGAUGGAGUUGCCGAACAAUGCUUGGGAUCACCUGAUGAAGCAGGCUGCGCAGAGCGUCGAUGUGCUUAGCAAUCCUGAAAACGUCAAGAUCAUGUCGAAUAUCCUCAAAACCAACGUUUCUGCUUGUACUUCCAUUGGACCUUUUUUCCUCCCUCAACUUGGACGAAUCUGGCUUGACAUGCUCGGUCUGUACAAAGCCGUCAGCGGGAUCAUCUCCGAGCAAGUUGCUCAACAGGGCCUGGUCGCAACCAAAACUCCCAAGGUCAGGUCUCUGCGUACGAUCAAGAAGGAGAUCCUAAAGCUCGUCGAGACGUACGUCCGAAAAGCCGAAGAUCUGGAUGGAGUCAACAAAAACCUCAUCCCUGGUCUCUUGGAAGCCAUCUUGACCGACUAUCAACAGAAUGUCCCUGCCGCUAGGGAUGCCGAGGUCCUAAACGUGAUGGCGACUAUCGUGUCUAAACUUGGACCUCUGCUGUCUGCUCAGAUUGCCCCGACUCUCGAUGCAGUCUUCGAGCCGACACUGGGAAUGAUCAAUCAGGACUUUGCGGAAUACCCCGAGCACCGGGUAGGAUUCUUCAAGCUGUUGAGGGCGAUCAACCUUACGUGUUUCUCUUCACUAUUGGAACUUCCACCACAGCAAUUCAAACUCGUCAUGGAUUCAGUUGUGUGGGCCUUCAAACACACUAUGAGGGAUAUCGCCGAUACCGGUCUGAACAUCGCGUUUGAGAUUGUCAACAACUUUGCGUCAUCAUCACAGGAAAUUGCCAACCAAUUCUACCAGCAAUACCUCCUCAGCAUGCUCGGCGAUGUGUUCUACGUCUUGACCGAUGCGGAUCACAAAUCUGGCUUCAAGAUGCAAGCCAUUCUACUGGCACGAUUGAUCUCUUUGGUGGAGACUGGCGCUGUGCAGGCGCCACUAUUCGACCCAGCUCAAGUCAACGACUCGAGCAUGACCAAUGUGACGUUCCUCAAGGGAUAUAUUGAAGACUUGCUAAGAAACGCCUUUGGACAUGUGCAUAGUGCAUCGAUCCAUUCAUUCGUCGGUUUAAUGUUUGAUCACUCGUCGGAUCCCGUCAAAUUCAAAUUCACCCUGCGCGACUUCCUCAUUUCUCUCAAAGAAUUCUCAGGGGACAAUGCGGAGCUGUUCAUCGACGAGAAAGAAGCGGAUGCGAUGAAGAAGGCCAAGGAGGAGAGGGAAUCGGCUAUGCGCGUACCGGGCAUGUUGAAGCCUGCUCAGUUGGAUGACGAUCAGGAUCUAUGAAGGAGUUCUGACAGCUAGGACCGAUCAAGGAGGGAAUAGAUGGAGGCUUUGAGACCGUGAAGACGCUAGGGACUUGCGACGUCCGGAUCUCGCCCCGAUCCCCC